GGUACGUUUUGUUCAGUCCCUUCUCGUGCCCGCUCGCGAGACUGUCCGAGUGCUCUCUCUCUUGCCGGCGGAGUCUUCCUCUCGGGGAAGGGUUUUAGGGUUUUAGGGUCAACCGAGCGAAAACCCUAAUCAAAGUUCAAGCUUUUCCGCGCUUCUGAUUCUUGAAAGGUUUUCGCUUGAAGUUGAAAUCUUGGAUCUUUUAUUUUUCAAGUUUCAGUAGUAUUUUGGGAUUAGUUUCCGUCGGUGAAGGCGAUUGACAUGGAUAUGGAUACUUCCCCUGGAUACUUCGACCCCGAAGACCUCAGCGUCAGAGAACAAUUCCGCCGUUAUCGGAAAAGACACUCUACAUCACCACAACAGGAAGGCAUGAAUCCAAAUGUCAGUGAGAGCAGAUUAUUGUAUGAUGGGCAUAACAUUCAUAGUCCAACUAAUACAGCUUUGCUUCUUGAAAACAUCAAAGAGGAGGCCGACAGCUUUGACACUGACCAUUAUGAAGGAACGCAUGCAAAACUGUUCUCUACUUCCAGAAUAAACUCGGUGGCCGAAAGUUCUGGAAUUAUGGAUGCUGAUGAUGAAGCUUUGUUCCGUCGAGUAGAAAGCCACUCAUUGAACACUUGCAAGAUCGAGAAUGAUGAGUUGGCAGAGAGUGGAGACACAACUUUUGCUCUAUUUGCUUCCCUAUUUGAUUCUGCUCUUCAAGGAUUGAUUCCCAUCCCUGACCUAAUUUUGCGACUUGAGAAAUCAUGCAGACAUGUUUCACAAUCAAUUAGGUAUGGUUCCAACAUAAGACACCGGGUUGUAGAGGAUAAGCUUAUGAGACAAAAGGCGCAGUUUUUGCUUGAUGAGGCGGCCUCCUGGUCCCUUUUGUGGAGUCUUUAUGGAAAAGCUACAGAAGAAGUUCCUGCGACAUUCAUCAUGUCUCCAACAACAUCUCAUUUGGAGGCUUGUCAAUUUGUUGUAAAUGACCAUACAGCACAGUUGUGCCUUCGGAUAGUUCAGUGGCUUGAAGAAUUGGCCUCAAAAGCACUUGACUUGGAAAGGAAGGUACGGGGAUCUCAUGUUGGUACUUAUCUUCCCCAUUCUGGAGUCUGGCACCAUACACAAAAGUUUCUCAAGAAAACUGGUUCUGCAGCUGACACUGUACGCCAUCUGGAUUUUGAUGCUCCAACUCGUGAACAUGCUCGUCUUCUUUCUGAUGACAAUAAACAAGAUGAGUCUCUUCUGGAGGAUGUUUGGACUUUGAUAAGGGCUGGAAGAAUAGAAGAGGCAUGUGGUCUUUGCAGGUCUGCGGGGCAGUCAUGGAGAGCUGCGACAUUAUCACCCUUUGCUGGAUUGGAUAUGUUUCCUUCUGUUGAGGCCUUGGUAAAGAAUGGAAAAAAUAGGACUCUUCAGGCCAUUGAGCUUGAAAGUGGCUUUGGCAAUCAGUUUCGCCUAUGGAAAUGGGCUUCCUACUGUGCAUCAGAGAAAAUUGCAGAACAGGAUGGCGGGAAACAUGAAGUUGCUGUUUAUGCAUCCCAUUGUAGCAACUUGAAGCGCAUGCUACCAAUCUGUACUGAUUGGGAGUCAGCUUGCUGGGCAAUGGCAAAAUCAUGGCUUGAUGUUCAGGUUGAUAUGGAAAUUGCCCAAUCAAGGCCAGAGUUAACAGAAAGGUUAAAAAGUUGCAUAGAUGCAACAGAUGGUAGUCCUGAGGCAAUGCAAAACGGUUACCAGGCUUCAUAUGGCCCAGAUGAUUGGCCCCUCCAUGUUCUAAACCAACAACCACGGGAUCUUCCCGCUCUUCUUCAGAAACUCCAUUCAGGGGAAAUGGUGCAUGACGCUGUUGUCAGAGGAUGCAAGGAGCAGCAUCGGCAAAUUCAGAUGAACCUUAUGGUGGGGAAUAUUUCGCAUCUUCUUGAUAUGAUAUGGUCAUGGAUAGCUCCUUUAGAAGAUGACCAAAGCAACUUUAGGCCACAUGGGGAUCCCCAUAUGAUAAGAUUUGGAGCCCACCUUGUCCUUGUUCUUAGGCACCUGCUCUCUGAUGAAAUCAAGGAUUCUUUUAGAGAGAAGCUCAUGAAUGUUGGCGAUCUUAUUCUUCACAUGUAUGCAAUGUUUUUAUUUUCUAAACACAAUGAGGAACUAGUAGGAAUUUAUGCUUCUCAGCUUGCCCAUCACCGCUGCAUUGAGCUUUUUGUACACAUGAUGGAGCUAAGGAUGAAUAGCAGUGUGCAUGUGAAGUGCAAAAUCUUCCUUUCUGCUAUGGAGUUCUUGCCGUUUUCUCCUGUUGAUGAUUCACAAGGAAAUUUUGAAGAAAUAAUCGACAGGGUUUUGUCAAGAUCUCGGGAAGUCAAACUUCCAAAAUAUGAUCAGUCACUCGAUGUUGCAGAGCAGCAUCGGCAGCAGAGUCUUCAGAAGGCUAUAGCUAUUCAGUGGCUAUGUUUCACGCCUCCGUCCACUAUAAAAGAUGUCAAGGAUGUUAGUUCCAAACUACUCCUACGAGCUUUGAUGCAUAGCAACAUACUUUUCAGAGAGUUCGCUCUGAUUGCCAUGUGGAGGGUUCCUUCGAUUCCUGUAGGUGCACAUACGCUUCUUAGUUUUCUUGCUGAACCUCUGAAGCAACUGUCAGAAAAUCCAGAGACACUUGAGGACUAUGUUACUGAGAAUUUGCUAGAAUUUCAAGGCUGGAAUGAGUACUACUCCUGUGAUGCAAAAUAUCGCAACUGGCUCAAAAUUCAGUUGGAGAAUGCUGAGGCCGCUGAACUCUCGGAAGAGGAAAAGCAAAAAGCUGUCAUAGCAGCUAAAGAGACUUUGGAUUCUUCUCUGUCGUUGCUCCUUAGAAAAGAGAAUCCCUGGUUGACAUUUCUUGAAGACCAUGUAUUCGAAUCAGAGGAACCUUUGUUCCUUGAGUUGCAUGCAACUGCUAUGCUCUGCUUGCCUUCUGGUGAAUGUUUGCACCCAGAUGCCACUGUUUGUGCUGCUCUUAUGAGUGCACUUUACUCUUCUGUGAGCGAAGAAGUUGUUCUAGAUCGCCAGUUAAUGAUAAAUGUCGCAAUUUCAUCCAGGGACAAUUACUGCAUCGAGGUUGUGCUUCGAUGUUUAGCAGUAGAGGGUGAUGGACUUGGGCCUCAUGAUAUAAACAAUGGUGGCAUUCUCAGUGCAAUCGCUGCUGCUGGCUUCAAAGGUGAGCUUCCUCGGUUCCAGUCAGGAGUUACAAUGGAUAUAUCCCGCCUAGAUGCGUGGUACUCAACCAAAGAUGGUUCACUCGAAACACCUGCUACCUAUAUUGUGAGGGGCCUUUGCAGGAGAUGCUGUCUUCCAGAGCUCAUUCUUCGGUCUAUGCAGGUUUCUGUUUCUCUGGUGGAGACGGGCAAUCCGCCUGAAGACCAUGAUAAAUUAAUCGAGCUGGUGGCUUCCGAAGAAACUGGUUUUCUCCAUUUGUUCAGUCAGCAGCAACUACAGGAGUUCAUGUUGUUUGAGAGGGAGUAUUGUAUAUCCCAGGUGGAGCUUCAGGAAGAACUUUCAUCUUGAGUACCAAUGGCGUGUUCCAUCGUUUCUCCUUUUCCCCAUUUCUUUCAUUUUCUUUGGUUACUGUAAAUUGUGCCGUUGCUCUGUCUUCUCCAGUCUGUCUUUCUCUGAAAGUAUUUUUUUUCGAAGGCUUGAGCUCAAGUUUCUUCAAAAUUCUGUUUCCUUUCAAAUGUUGUAUGCAUCUUCGUGUUUCUCCCCAAAGGCAAAAAACAAGAAAGAAAAAGACAUGUUCCCAAGUUGAAGUCGGUAACAUGUAUUGGAAAUUCACAACA